GAAUGGGAAAUUGGUCGAGAACAAGAAGGGGGCCGGUUUGAAUUCGCAUUUCGAGUCUUCUGUUCUCUUCCAUAUAACGAGGGGGAGGUCGUUUAUUAACGGCUUUCGAUUUCGAGUUCCUCUCUCCCCUUAGGAUUGGAAAGGAAGCCUGGACUGGUAGAUUCGUCGUGGUGGUUUCAUUCAUAAUUAAUGGCGUAUCGAAGAAGACAUGGCCUCACCAAGGCUUCGACGUUCAAGGAAGAGAUUCGACAUCCUUCGGAAGAAAGCUCCUCCUCGUCUCUAGCCGCACAAGCCAUCAGAGCUUCCUCCGCUCAUCGUGAUUCGUCUUUCUCUUCUGCCUAUGGCGAAUCCGCACUGGCCUCCGCUUACAAGGAACCCAAUCACCAAAGAUCUUUUGGAUCCAGACAGGAUCCAACGUCUUAUAAAUAUACAUCAUUUGAGAAUUUGAAUGAGUCCAAGCAUGGGUUUUGGGGAAUCCUUGCUAGAAAGGCUAAAGCGAUUCUUGACGAUGAUAAUGCUGCCCAACAAUUUGAAACAUCUAACAAAACAACACCCCAAGUGCUUGAAACGUCAACUGGUGGUCGGUUCCAGCAGCCUUAUCUAUCAUCUGAGAGCGGUCGCAAGUCGGAGAAUCCUAAAAUUCAGAAGGGGCUAGAUGCAAUCACCUCUUCUCUUAAUUACCUUGGCGGUACAAUUGGAAAAUCUUUGGAGGAGGGUCUGACAAUUGUUGAGAAUCGUACUGCUGAUAUCAUUCAAGAAACCCGUAGGCUGCAGAUCAGGAAAAAGGGUAGCGGUUCUGAUUCACAGAACCAAGCCAAUGAUGUAUGUGCUCCACAGCAGCAAGCGCAGAUGCAAAUGGACCAUGAGACUCAACUCAAGGCAUCCCGCGACGUUGCAAUGGCAACGGCAGCCAAAGCCAAACUUCUUCUACGAGAGCUAAAAACGGUCAAAGCAGAUCUGGCUUUUGCCAAGGAGCGAUGUGCUCAGCUAGAAGAGGAGAAUAGAAUUCUCAGGGAGAGUCAUGAGAAGGGGGAUAGUCCAGAGGAUGAUGAUCUGAUUCGGCUUCAACUGGAGACACUUCUGGCUGAGAAGGCUCGUUUGGCACAUGAGAACUCUAUCUAUGCACGUGAAAAUCGCUUCCUGAGAGAGAUUGUCGAAUACCACCAGCUCACCAUGCAGGAUGUUGUUUACUUGGAUGAGGGCAUAGAAGAGGUCACAGAAGUUCGUCCCAUUUCAGUUUCUAGGACCACCAGUGCGAGCUUCACUUCAAUUCCUACAUCUGCAGCCCCAACCCCACCAUCCACACCACCACUAUCAUCAUCACCUUCAGCACCAUCUCCACAUGUUUUUACUGCUACUGUAAGUCCAGUGGUGGACAAGGAUGUUCUACCUGUUCCCACAAGCCCAGUUAGAGAGAUCUCCUGCAGCGUACCACCAGGCUCUAGUGUCCACGUUCCAGCAGUGGAAGAUCCAAAGCAUCCUUCAUCAAAGUCUUCUGUCUGAACAGAGUCUCUCUUUCUCCAACUCAUCAAAGGCCUUUGCAUGUAACAUUAGUUUUUUUAUAGACAUCCUGUGAAUCAUUUUUUGGGUGUAUUUAUAUGUAUGAUUUUUUUCAAAAAAAAUCUGCAACUGUAUUGGCUUUUCC